CUCUUAAGCCAUAAAAGAACACACACUGGAGAGAAACCUUAUGAAUGUAAUGAGUGUGGUAAAGCCUUUGCACAAAACAGUACUCUCUUAAGCCAUAAAAGAACACACACUGGAGAGAAACCUUAUGAAUGUAAUGAGUGUGGUAAAGUCUUUGCACAAAACAGUCAUCUCCUAAGCCAUAAAAGAACACACACUGGAGAGAAACCUUAUGAAUGUAAUGAGUGUGGCAAAGCCUUUGCAGAAAACAGUACUCUCUUAAACCAUAAAAGAACACACACUGGAGAGAAACCUUAUGAAUGUAAUGAGUGUGGUAAAGCCUUUGCACAAAACAGUGCUCUCAUAAGACAUAAAAGAACACACACUGGAGAGAAACCUUAUGAAUGUAACCAGUGUGGUAAAGCCUUUAUGCAGAAUUAUGAUCUCAUAAGGCAUAAAAGAGCACACACUGGAGAGAAGCCUUUCAAAUGUAAUCAAUGUGGUAAAGUGUUUGCACAAAAGAGUCAUCUCAUAAGCCAUAGAAAAACACAUACUGGAGAGAAACCUUAUGAAUGUAACCAGUGUGGUAAAGCCUUUGCAGAAAACAGUACUCUCUUAAGACAUAAAAGAACACACACUGGAGAGAAACCUUAUGAAUGUAACCAGUGUGGUAAAGCCUUUGCAGAAAACAUUACUCUCUUUAGCCAUAAAAGAACACACACUGGAGAGAAACCUUAUGAAUGUAACCAGUGUGGUAAAGCCUUUGCAAAAAGCAGUCAUCUCAUAAGACAUAAAAGAACACACACUGGAGAGAAACCUUAUGAAUGUGACAAGUGUGGUAAAGCCUUUGCACAAAAAAGUCAUCUCAUAAGCCAUAAAAGAACACAUACUGGAGAGAAACCUUAUGAAUGUAACCAGUGUGGUAAAGCCUUUGCAGAAAACAGUACUCUCUUAAGACAUAAAAGAACACAUACUGGAGAGAAACCUUAUGAAUGUAACCAGUGUGGUAAAGCCUUUGCAGAAAACAGUACUCUCUUAAGACAUAAAAGAACACACACUGGAGAGAAACCUUAUGAA